AUGCCAGGAAACUCUCAUCGAAGGACACUGACGUUGUAUCGAUCCCAAAACACCCAACCCGUCCCCUUCUCGGCUUCGGCAAUCCAUCGCGGGAAGAUGCUCUUCUGGGACUUCACGGAAAUUGACGGCCACCCAUCGUUGGGUCAGAUUCAUCUGCUCGGUCCCUGUUCGGAGAUUCUGGAAUAUGAGAACGGUACAAGCACGACAGAGCAGGCAAAUUGGUCGACUGACAUACGCACAAACAACGAGCAAGCCGUGAACAGCCUGACAUGGGAGAGAUCCGACCAAGGCCUUGCAGACCAUGCUAUGGACCCAUCUUUGCAUUACAGACAUGCACUUGAAGCAGGACAGAAGUUCGACUCGCUCAGGUCCCAUAGCAACCACGUAAUCUAA